AUGUCAACUACCAGCGUCGCCGACAACCCGGCUUCCCCCAAUGCCAUUCCCGUUCGUUACAGCUCUGCGGGCGUCCAAAAUGGCAUUCAGCAUCAAGCCUCAAAGUCCGUCCUCAAACCUCUCCCGGAAGACAGCUGGAUCGCCCAGAAGCACCAUUCCCUGCCUCCGCAACCAAGUCCACCUCUCUCCGAGCAACCCACUGCACUCAACAGGAGGUAUUCCAAGAGAAAGUCUCAUCUAGAACACUUCAUCCCUCCCAGAAUGGGCGAUUGGACCCCACAGAAAGAAAAGAUCAUCCUCGGACCCUAUGACUACCUCUUUGCUCAUCCAGGCAAGGACAUUCGAGCGGCCCUCAUCAAGGCCUUUGACGCUUUCCUGCAUGUUCCUCCCGGAUCCCUUGACGUCAUCACCAGAGUCGUGGGCAUGUUGCAUACCUCCUCUCUCUUGAUCGACGAUGUCCAAGACGGUAGUCAGUUGCGUAGGGGAAUCCCCGUCGCCCACAACAUCUUUGGCACCGCCCAAACCAUCAACAGCGCUAACUACGUCUACUUCAUCGCCCUGCAAGAUCUCCAGCAUCUGACAAACAAGGAUGAAGCCAUUGAAAUAUUCACGACCGAGCUCCUCAACCUUCAUCGGGGCCAGGGCAUGGACCUGUACUGGAGGGAUACCUUGACGUGCCCCAACGAGGAUGAUUACCUGGAAAUGGUCCAGAAUAAGACCGGCGGCUUGUUUCGCCUCGCGGUCAAGCUGAUGCAGGCAGAGUCCGGCGAGAAAGGACGAAUAGACUGUGUCCCUCUGGUCAACCUGAUGGGCCUCAUCUUCCAGAUCUGCGACGACUAUCUCAACCUCUCCUCCACCACCUACACCAAGAACAAAGGUCUCUGUGAAGACCUGACCGAGGGCAAAUUCUCCUUCCCUGUCAUCCACUCCAUUCGGAGUAACCCGGGCAAUCUUCAGCUCAUCAACAUUCUGAAACAAAAGACCACCGAUGACCAAGUCAAGAGAUAUGCUGUCUCGUACAUGGAGAGCACCGGCAGCUUUGCCUACACUAAACGUGUCGUCGACGAACUGAAGCAAAAGGCCGCGAUUUUGAUUUCGGAAAUGGAUGCUGGCUCGGGCAAAGGUGAUGAAGCCAAAUUAAUCCUUGAUCGCAUGAAUCUCGAGUAG